AUGUCGGUCAACUACAUAGAUACACUUGUAUCAUUUGAUCUGUCUCAUAACCGGCUUGGCGAUGGUUUCAAUUUAGAACCUUUGUCUCAUUUAACAUACCUCAAUUUAUCUGGAAACUCCUUUUCAGGUAAUUUCGAAAGUAUUGGUCUUAGAUGUGGUAGUAUUAACGUAUUAGACCUGUCUUUCAAUAAAUUUACAUCUCUUCUGGGGAUUGAGGGUUUUCCUCGUAUUAAGACCUUUAAUAUAUCACAUAAUAAUCUUUCUGGAGAUAUCACUGCAUUGUCUAAGCUUCAAGAUAUUAAAUAUCUUGAUUUAUCGUAUAACAACAUCCGCGAUAACAUUCCUAAUAUUCCUAGCUCAAAUUUGCAAUAUUUGAAUUUAUCUCACAAUAAACUGCCGAACUCUACCUCCAUUUUUGAAGGUAUUCCCAAGAUAAUUAAGGAACUGUAUGUGAAUUAUCUUACAUUAUUUAAUGUGGUUAAUGAAUAUUUUCGACAAAUACAACCCGCCGUUAUAGUUGUGAAAUUUAACAUAUCUCUUGCUCACGUGUAA